ACAAACGAAAGCACAGCCAAAGUGCAGCAAGAGAGCAGGUGGAAAAACAUGCAGCAAGGACAUCGUGAGGUCCCGGUGACGAGUGUGAUUUCUUUUGACAACAUGGACGAGUCAGCAAGAAGGAUUGUGGUCCUGGGAAAAACUGGAGCUGGUAUUGUCAACACCCUGUGUGGAGAGCCUGUGUUUGAAGUAGAUCAUACCCCCAAAUCUGGAACAAGUGAAUGUCAGGCAAAGUACAUGUCAGUCAGUGGAAGAAUGGUACUCUUUAUUGACACUCCUGGAUUUAUUGACACAGACAGACCUGAGGAGGAGAUGAAGUCUGAAAUAUUGAGGUGUAUCAAAGAAUGUGCUCCUGGUCCUCAUAUUUUUCUCAUUGUGCUUAAAGUGGAGAAAUACACAGAGCAUGAAAAGGCUGUAAUAGACAAAAUUAAUCAAUAUUUCUCAGUUGAAGUAUUUAGAUUUACUAUAAUAAUCUUUACUCAUGGUGACCAUCUUCCUGAGGGAAUGAAGAUCGAAGAGUUUGUUAAACAAAGUGAAGCUCUGAGCGAUCUGAUCAAGAAGUGUGGGGGCCGCUGCCACGUCAUUGAUAACAAAUACUGGAAGAACAACCAGGGAGAUGAAUACAGGACCAACCAGUAUCAGGUGGCAGAAUUACUCAAAACCAUUGACGAGAUUAUUGAUGCAAACAAAGGAGGCUACUUCACCAAUGAGAUGCUGCAAGGAGUGAAGAGAGAUAUUCAACAAGAGGAAGGUCGCAUCAAACAGUCAUCUCCAGACUUUACGGAAGAGGAAACUGCAACAAAGGCAAAACAAUCUGUGUUUAAAAAUCUGUUGUCAAAAGCUGCAGGAGUUACAACAGGAGCUCUACUGGGUGCACUCCUUGGUGGAGCGAUAAAAUUUAUGAAAGAAGAAAGAAGUCUAGGUUUAGCAGUAGGAGUAGCAUUAGGAACAGCAGCAGGAGUAGCUGCAGCAAAAGGAAUGAUGGCAGACGCAGCAACAGCAUCUGACACAAUUCCUGCUGGGUCUGCUGAGCCAGCAGCUGAAUAGCAUCAGUAACAUUGGUUUGAAACAGAUAAUAGAGCUGACAGACAAACUACAGCACUAAACCAAUUUUUUUAGAGGUAUAAAAGGAGUUAGAAAUUAAAUAUCAGAAUUUUUGCAUCCUCUGUUAAACUCUCAAUAAAGUACCUUUAAAAUCCACAGAUGCACAGGAUUCGUGUAUAUUGCUAGGAAACUACUCACAAUCACUUUUACAAGCUGCCAUCAGAGAGUCAUUAUUAAAAUUAUAGAACAGGAAACUUUAGAAUCUUUUUGUUCAUCAUGAUUGGAUUUCUGAGUUGUUGUUUUUUUUGAAUGCUUACUGUUAACAUAUAAAUGAAGCAACAUAUGCUUAAUAUAAUGUGUGAAUUUUCCCAUUAUGCUAAUACAGUCUUUAUGUUCCAGUUUAUAUUUCAAACUUUACCCAUGAACAUGUCCAUUACUCCAGCUUAAAACAUUUCUUUAAUAGAUCUAUAACUUUCAAAUAACUUUUGCUUCUGUUUUGUGACGGUUUCUUUGUUACAAAUGUUCACUAAUAAAACAGCUAAUUUUAUCACAUGU